AUGGCUUCAAGCGGUCCUAAUCCCUCCCAAACUGGGGAUUCAACUCUAUCGGGAAGGGAUACCCCAUCUUCUGGGGGAACGCGCAGUAGAAGAGCGUCGAUCAGAUCAGCGAUAGGCGCUAUACAGAGGUUCAAACAGAGCUGGAUUAGUAUAAUGGUAUUAAAAGGCGGGAUCAGUCUGGGUCAGGUGAUAGCCUUGAUCACACUCUCGAUACUCGCAUCGACGCUACUUUCUCCUUUAUAUCCACAUCAGAGACAGUCUACUCCUUCCGAAGCGUGUCCUCAUCCUCAGUAUUUUCAGGCAUGGAUGGGUGUGCAGAUAGGAAGACUGGUGAUCUGCUGGUUGAACAGCGUCUGGAUAUGUGUACGUCGUAGACGAGCAGAAGAUCGUGAAGGAGAUGUGGAAGACAGCCAGAGACAGAAUAUCGCAGAACGAAGAAUACCCUCUCAAACAGGGCCGGCGCACCACACCCUUCAAAGACAUAUAACCCCUUCUUCUUCUACAAGCACCAUCUUCCAAACUCCACUUUCUCACCACCCUCCCCGGGAUGAAAGCCCGGAGACUAUAUACAUUUCGACGUACACUUCUACUCCGAGUUUGUUCAACCCUUCUCCUCCCGAAGAGAACACGCGGAGCAAAGGUAGUAGGACGACGCACCCUCCCGACGAUUCAGAUAAUCCACCACGCAUGGAAGUACAUAUAAUUGAUAGGAUGAAUACCCAUGGUAUCGGCGAGGAGAAUCGAGUUGAUAAUGGAGACAAUAAUAAUAUCAGAGCAGCUUUAGUUAACAGUCCUGAGACGAUAAAUGAAGGACUUAAUCAGGCAGAUAGCUUGGGAAAAUAUAUGGACAGUAUAGCUCCAAAACUAUCGAGCUUCCUAGGCCUACUCUCAUUCAUCUUGUUCAUACUCGGUAACAUCCUACUCUUCAAACCUCUCCCUUCGGACGACAUGUCAUGUUAUAAUGCCUCACCCAUGUUAUGGUGGGGAGUGAUGACAGUGACAGGUGUUGGUUGGGUUCUGUUAGCUCAGAUGAUUUUGGUCAUCGUUGUAGUGGGUAUAGGAGGUACAGUACUAAUGGCAAUUCUACGAAAUUUCGGUAUUACCCUCCCAUCUUCCUCAUCCCAAUCGUCAUCCAAUCGCAACCCCCAACCUGAACCACUCACACUGAUAGAACUCAAUACGUUGCAAUACGUCUGUUAUCUCCCUAAUUCCACCAUCGACAUACAGAAAGAAUCUUUACCUCAUCCGCCAAUAUAUUUAAAAGAAGAUCAAAUUACCUGUGCGAUCUGUCAAGAGAACUUCGUACCUCCACAACAAGGUAGAGAGGCAUUCGCUGAGUGGUUGAGGGUGUUGGGUUGCGGUCAUGUAUACCAUGCGAAAUGCAUAGAUGAAUGGUUGUUGAGAGGAGCUGCUAGCUGUCCGUUCUGUAAUAGGUCGGUGAGAGAUAUGAUCGCGCCUAGUGAUGGCAAUAACGCAAGUGGAGUAGAGUCGAGGACGAGGAGGACAAGUGCUCUAGGGAGAUGGAUGAGGAAAGAAAGUAGAUGA